UUUUGGCAAAUUUACAACCGGGAAAGUGUGGAUUUUCUAUGAUUGCUGAGGUGUUGACAUGUGACAUUUAGGAGGCACAGAGCACUGACUUUGAAUCAAUAAUAACGUAGGAAAUAAAUGAUUUUAUAGCCUAAGAUUGUUAUUCUGCUUUGUUCGGCUGUUGUUUUCAUUCUGGUUAACUCUGGAGCUGUCACAAAAGACAUGAAUGAAACAGAAAUUGACCUCCAUCUAAAUCCUUCAUUCGGACACAACAUCAAUCUCCUCUGAUUAAUUUAUUUACCAGGCUAAAUAGUCCAUAGCCUACUGUAACAUGAAUAGCCUCCAGAUACUUUCGCAACAGGGCAUUAUUUGCUUUUAUGUGAAUCAUUUUCCUGCGCGCGUUUUUCAGAUAUGAAACCUUUUGAAACGUUUCCACCCUUUCAGCUCUCUGGUACAGGAGUUUCCGGACAGCACUGGAAGGCAACAUUAAUUCAACCUCCACUUUGGCCAAAUAAACGAGACUCCCAAAAGGAAAAAAAAAAAAAGUCCCCCUAGCGGCGGCAGCUCCAGCGGCUGGGUGUAACUGCACGGUGAAGAAGAAGAGGAGGCAGUGUUUGGAUUAGGGGGGUUGGGCUGCCCUGCUGGUAGGAAACCUGCCGCCAGACAUCCAGUUGGUCUCCGGCGGUGCAGCGUUGCUUUCCCGCAGCAUCAGCAGCAGCAACACCGCAGCGCAGCGCAGCCUCACCUGCUCCUCAUCUGCGCUUCACUCCGCCUCUGUCCAGUCACAAACACUGCCGCAGCACAGAGGAAGCGGGCGGACAAGGACGAUCAGCUCUACAGCCUGCCAGGUGGUAAAACCAUCCCUUUUUUCAACACCUCCUCUAUUCAGGAGCAGUCUUCAGGGAAAUAAGGGAAUAUAUAAGGUCAGUGAAAGAUGGUGAAACUGGGGAGUAAUCUUCAAGACAAAGGGGCCAAACCUGUGAGCGUGGAGGACGGCUUUCAGAAUGUGCCCCUCAUCACUCCUCUGGAUGUUGGCAGCCUCCAGAGCCAAGCACCUGACAAGGUGGUGGUGAAAACUCGCACAGAGUACCAGACAGAGAAGAAGAGGCUGAAGGUUCCUAAGGUGGAGGAGUUCACCAUCAGCUUUACUGACGGGGUGUCUGAGAGACUUAAGGUGACGAUUCUGAUCAUCUUGGCCCUGGCCUUCCUCGCCUGCAUCGUGUUCCUGGUGGUUUAUAAAGCCUUCACCUACGACCACGCCUGCCCAGAUGGAUUCAUUUAUAAGCACAAGCGGUGUAUCCCAGCCUCUCUGGAGGCCUACUACGCUGCCCAGGAUGCCAACUCGCGGGGCCGUUUCUACACAGUGAUCAGCCACUACAGCAUGGCCAAGCAGACCACCUCGCACUCUGUCUCCCCCUGGCUGCCUGGAGGGGCAGCGGGGCAGCAGCACGACGCUAAACCCCCAAGCGGCGAGGGGCACUGAGUUAACUGAGCAGUUAAAAGUUGUUGUAAACACUUACAGACACAUGCAGAUGCAGACAUGAAGAAAUACAGAAACAGGCAGAUAUAGACGCGUACGCACACACACACACACACACACACACAUACACACAAACAUGUAGGUAAAUAUGUAGAGAUAUAGACAAAAGAGACGCACAUGAACAGCUACAUAUAUAAUGCCAAUAUAGAGCGAAAACAUGCAUGCAGACAUAAAAACACACACACGCACAUGCUAGAUCAUAUUCUGAUUUACCUGGCCUCACUCUUUUAUCGAGGGGCGUUUCUCAUUGACCCUUUCUCUCUUUGGAUUAUCAUCGUCUGCUGAUACACACUCACAUAUACACACACAAACACAGUCUGCUCUCUCGUUACCAUUUAAACCCAUCCUCUAAUUUGUUAUUUAUUGACUGUCAUGAUAUAUUUAUUUUUUACUGUAAUGUAUGGAUGUUUUGUAUGUGAUUAUCAGACAACUCUUUGUACAAAGGCACGAGUCAAUGCUGAAUUUCACGCUUCCUCUUUGUGAGAUUCUCUUUUGAGUUCGGAGUAAAAAUUUUUUUUUCAAGUGUGUAUACUGUAGUUACUGUAUAUUCAUUCACAACCCCUGUCAUUUUUUUUGCCUUUCUUGUCCAAACUGCGUAACCUCAGGCACGUCUGUCAAACACCACACACACACACACACACACACACACACACACACAGAUCGCUUUAUUUUUCAACCUAAAAUAUGUUAGUAUGGUCUUGUAUUGCUGUAAUGCAUUUUUAAACACAAAAUUUCAGCUGUACUGUCUGAGGAAGGUUUGACGUCCACAUCCACAACACACCCUGAAUUGACUGAAUGAAUUUUUCCAUCAUGGCUGUUUGAUAGCUCAUAUACAGUGACAUUUUCAAUGUGCUGUGUUAUACAUUUGAAAUCCAACAUUCCCCAGUGACCCAAGCUGUACAUAGAACUGUGCGUUCAUGCUAGUUUUUUGUGUGUAUGCAUUGUAGUAGCUUUAUUUAGGAGGUUUUUCUUUUUUUUUUUACAGACCUACAAUGUCUUCAUGGGAGUUACUUUCUACAUUGCUUUAGCUGCCAGUCUAGUAGCUCCAUUAUAUAUACAAUGGUGGCCUGUCUGAGCAAUUAAAAAACAAAAGGAUGUAGAUGGAAAAGGAAACACCGUGCAUAUCACCAUCUCUUGCCAAAACUUAUUUUCCACUGUGUUUUGUUAGGUUUAUCAAUGGGCUUCGACUGCAGCAGAGUUUUAUUCCCGUAUUGUUAUUUUUUUUUUUAAUUUUGUAAUGUUGGAUCUGUUGUCAAGAGCGCUUUUAUGAGAUAUUGUGAUGUUGUUAGUUGAUAUGUAGCGAUACCUGGUGUAAUUUAUCAGUGUGCAUCCCUGUCCCUCUUCUCUUGGUUUGAAUUCAAAAAUAAAACAAGC